CUUCUUCUCCUCCAACCGUUAGCAGAGACGGGGACGGGGGCGGGGGCCGUUAAUCGUGAUUCCCCUGGAGUUGCUUUCUGGGCCUGCCCUGCCUUUUCCUGGCACCAGCUGCCGCCUCCUGAUUGGCUCUCCUGGAGUUCCCUCCGUCCCCUGCGCUCCUCCCCCUCUCGGCGUUUGAAUUGAGAGCAUAUUUAGAGGGAAAGUUGCCUGAGCUCCCAGAUGCAAUGCCAAAGGCCCUAACUCUCCCACUAAGCUGUCCUGUGAGCCUAGGCUACCUUCCUGAACCUGAAUCUCUGGAGGGGCAGUUGCUCACGCAUGCUGCAGAAGAUAAGAGGAAAAAAGUCAAGAUACUUCUGAAGAGGGGUGUGGACGUGGACUGCUACAAUGCAGCUGGACAGACAGGUCUGUAUCUUGCUGCCUUACUGGGACAUGCCUCUGUGGUCCGUCUCUUUCUGCGCUUCAAUGCCAACCCCAACCACCGUUGUUACGAUGGUAGCACCCCAGUCCACGCAGCUGCUUUCUCUGGCCACCAAAGACUUCUUGGUAGCAUCCUGCAAGCUGGGGGUGAUUUGAGAUUCCAUGAUCAAAAAGGCCGAACCCCUAAAGACUGGGCCCAGCAAGCUGGGAGUGAGCAGAAUGCUGAGGUCAUGGACUUCAUACAGCAGUGUUGUAAUCAGAUGGCUAUCCUCGUGCAACAUGGGGACCAGUCACUUUACUCAAAAGCACUAGGAGCAUCUCCACGCAGCCUCCGGUCCUCUUUCUCGUCACUCCUGUCUGCCUCCUUCUGGUCUUUGGACAGCUCCGGGAUUCUGGGAAGCUCCAGGGACCAAACUAUUGGAUAUGGAAAAAUCUACCCAAGCAGACACCAGCAGCCGGGGCUUGCUGCCUUCAUAUGCAUUGCAGACAGCAGUGAGCUGAUCAGAGGCCACGGAGAACCAGAUUAUAGCUACCCAAAUGGACCAUACACAUUGAUGAGAAAUUUACUAUGGAAUGGGCAGUUUGUCACUGUGCGAAGCGUAAUGCCAGAAGCACACUCCAACUGCAGUAAAAUGCGUGGCACCAUGGACUUGCUUCUAGCUGAACAAGAAUACUUCAGCCAGCUCCACCAUCCCCAGCUCCUGCUCCUCUUGGCCGUGAGUCCAUCCCUAGAUCUGCAACAUCUCCAGCUUGUGUAUGAGAGAGUUGAGAUGUGUUCUCUCUACUAUGCCUUGCACUGUGAGAAUUCUGGCUCCCCAACACCCUCUGCAGCUCUGCGCCUCCUGCUGCAGGUCUCUGAAGCUCUCUUGUUUCUUCACUUCCGUGGCUAUAUCCACCGGGCUGUGACAUCUCAUGCAGUUCAGCUGGUGAGACCCGGGCUUGCCAAGCUCAGCAACCUUGAGUACAUGCAGCAGAGGACACAGAAAGAUAGCCUGACUUGGCCCAUUUCUCCACCUCCACCUCUUUACAAUUGGCUACCCUUGGAAGUCAUUAGAGAUCGCCCGACCUCAGUGAACUCUGACCUCUACAGCUUCUGCACUGUGAUCCAGGAGAUCUUCACAGGUGAAGUUCCUUGGGAUGGAUUGGAUGGCCUCGCUGUGAAGGAGAAGAUGGAGGCAGGACAGGCUCUCUUGGCUGAUGCCCGUAUCCUCCAACCUUUUUAUGAGAUAGUCAAAGGUGGCCUGGCCUUGAAGGAACGUGAUCGAGUGGGCACUUUCCCUGACAUACGCUAUGUUUUGCGGACAGCUCAACAGGAUGCCACAGGGGGUACCCCUCUGCUUUCUUCAGCAGCAGCAUCUCCCAAGAAGCUCUGUGUGUGGGCAGGACAAACAGAAACUGAUGGAGAAUCAUCCUUCCCAAUCAUUCCUGAAGAGCCACCUUAUUUUGAGGUGCAAUCCAGCAGCAGGAGUGCAGAACAGACGACAUCCAAUGUUCAGUCUGAGAGCCAUUCAACCAGACAGGCACAGAAAGAAGAUGACCAACAGGAAAGCCCUCCUUGCAAAUCCUCUCUAGGACAGCACCAGACAUCAGACUCAGACAGCACAUGUGAGCCAGGGAGUAGUGCUGAAGAGUCCAUGGAGUCCAGCAAUAAGAGCUUAGAGUCUGCAGACAUGGUAGACACUGCUGCCAACCAGGAGGCAACAUUUGUAGGUAGUCUGCAAGAUUCAGCCUGCCUAUUGGCUAAGGCCCAAGCCUCACUAGAAACUCUUGAGCAACGUUUUGUAUCUGGGAUCAACAUGUUAGAGUCUUUUGUCAACCAGCAAAGAGCACCAGGUCGAAGCAGUCGCAGUGAUGGAGCUCUGCCUACACGGGUUGUAAUGGAAAAAUGCAAGGAUUACACCGAAAAUCGCUCCCUACAGACACUCAUUGAUUUAUCAGCCAAGGCCAGGAAAAAAACCAAGCGAACCCCUGUCUCAGCUAAGAUUUGCCGUAGAUGGGAAAGCACCACCGAAGGUCCUCUUUGUAGCUCGCAGACGUUUGACCUCCUUCAGGAGAUAAUUCAGGAGCUGCAGGGAACCGGUGAUUCCCACACUGUGAGCCAGAGACAGCAAGCAAAAAGUGGAAAAUGUAGUGUCUCAGGGAAGACAAAAGCAGCUCCAGUCCCUGUCACAGGGCGAGAGAACAUUGCUAAUUCAAAGGAGCAGUGAGAGAUCAUCGCCACUUCCAUUCUUUUGGAAACUGGACUGGAAUCAACCUGCGCUUCAUUUUUGAAAUAAAAGUGAUCUGUUUCCUCAUUUAGUUUAACAACUAGUAUGCACCCCAAGAAUCCAGUACCCUUCAUUCACAGCCUCUGAUAAUCUACUCUCAGAAGAAAUUAAGUCUGAAGUGGCUCAGAAGAUUUUAUGGCCUUCGAUGAAAAUUCUGUUCAUCACUUUUGUUAAAACAAGACCAAUAAAGCUUUCAGAGUACUCAG